AGUAAAACCCAGACCCAGUGCAAGUAUGGAGUCUGUACUGAGGUCACCAAUGAAACUUGUACUUUUAACAGCGUGGCUCUCCAGUCUGAUGGACCCAUGCAGCCUCUCUGGCAUCUGUGAUUCUUGUCACAAACUCGCAACAUGCAAGGCCCUGAAUGGAUCAAAUGACGCCUGCUUCUGUAAACAGGGAUAUACUGGAGAUGGAACCACGUUUUGUAACGAUGACAACGAGUGCCAGAAUGUGACCAACAUCUGCAGCGACAGAGGAAACUGCACCAACACAGAUGGGGGCUACUACUGUACAUGUUUAUCUGGAUACAACUCCACAGGAGCCGUCCACUUCACGCCAAACGAUGGCACUGAAUGUACAGACAUAGAUGAAUGCAAGUCAGGACAGAUCUGUGGACCCAACUCCCACUGCCAUAAUACAAAUGGAUCCUUCUAUUGCACCUGUCAGCGUGAUUACAUCCCAUCCUCAGGCACUAAGCACUUCUAUCCAGAGAGAGGUGUAAGAUGUAAAGAACAUCCCCAAAAACACUGCCAUGACAACACCGGGUGCAUCACAAAGGCGGUCAACAACACACUUGAAUAUAUGAGUAACCUGACGGAGCCCCAGAGCCUCCUGAGGGAAAUCGCCAGACAGACGUCAGGUGAUCUGACUUCGGUGGAAGUGAUCGCGUACGUGGAGGCCUUGAGUCAGUCGACGUCGAUGCUGGCUGACAGCGAGAAGGAUUACACCGUCAAACCAUCUGUUAUCAACUCGACUCUGACUAAAUUAGUGAAGGCUGUAAACAACUUGGUGGAGAAGGAUGAAGUGGUGGCUUGGAGACGAAUCAAAGACGAGCGCAGGGAACGUACCAUCACCAAGCUGCUGCACACGGUGGAGGAGAGCGCUCUGAAGUUGGCCGACGGCUUCAGAAAUCCAACCCAGCUCCAAAUCAAAGCCAGUGAAAUGGAAUUAAAACUCUUCACCUUUGAUGCCCGUCACACAAAAGCCAAACUGUCUGCUUCCAUGGGAGGGGAUACGAUAAACCUGACUCCAAAACUGAAACCAGAGACAGAAAGAAAUGGAAGCGUGUCGGUGGUGUUUGUGAGAUAUGACAGCAUCCGUGACAUCCUGAAGCCCAGCAGCGACCCAGGUGUCACCGACUCCUCGCGCUCUGCAGGAACGGGGGAAAUCACUGUCAACUCCCAAGUCAUCGCGGCAGCCGUCAAACCUGCUGACGUUUACCAACUUGACCAUGUCACCUUCACUCUGGGACACAACCAGCCCAUUGACAUUAAAGCUGAUGUGGUAAAGUGUGCGUUCUGGGAGUACGAGGCCGACAGCCUCCAGGGCCGCUGGGCCACCCAUGGGUGUACGAGCGUCCACGUCAGCAGCAACGCCACCACCUGCUCCUGCACACACCUCACACACUUCGCCAUCCUCAUGUCUUCGGGCCGAGCCAACCUGGCGGCGCACUAUACCAUCCUGACCCGGAUCACCCAGCUGGGGAUGAUCAUCUCCCUCAUCUGCCUGUCCAUGUGCAUCUUCACCUUCUGGUUCUUCAGCGAAAUCCAGAGCACCAGAACCACCAUCCACAAGAACCUGUGCUGCAGCCUCUUCAUGGCCGAGUUCAUCUUCCUGGUGGGGAUCAACAUGAACAGCCAUAAGCUCUUCUGCUCAGUUAUUGCAGGGCUGCUACACUAUUUCUUCCUGGCGGCCUUUGCCUGGAUGUGCAUCGAGGGCAUCCAUCUGUACUUAAUAGUGGUUGGCGUCAUCUACAACAAAGGCUUCCUGCACCGCAAUUUUUACAUCUUUGGUUAUGGAAGUCCAGCAGUGGUGGUGGCCAUCUCAGCAACACUGGGGUCCAAGUAUUAUGGCACUGAUAAAGUCUGUUGGCUGAGCACUGAAAACCAUUUCAUCUGGAGUUUCAUUGGACCUGCAUGUUUGAUCAUUCUGGUUAAUCUCUUGGCUUUUGGUGUAAUCAUCUACAAAGUGUACCGGCACACCGCUGUGAAAAAGCCUGAGAUCAGCCACUACGAAAACAUCAGGUCCUGUGCUCGUGGUGCUUUGGCCCUGCUCUUCGUGCUCGGUGCCACCUGGACGUUGGGGGUGCUGCACAUCCUAAAUGAGACCACCCUCACCGCCUACCUGUUCACCAUCGCCAACACCUUCCAGGGGAUGUUCAUCUUCAUCUUCCUCUGUGUGCUGUCCAGAAAGAUCCAGGAGGAGUACUACAGGCUCUUUAAAAACGUCCCCUGUUGUUUCGAAUGCCUGAGAUGAAAUCAUGCACUGGAACCGGAUCACCUGCACUUGUAUAGGAACACUUGACUCUACAGCUUCGUCAUAUCUUGUGACUGGUGUUUUUCCAUUUUUGAAAAUGCUGUGGGAGGAAAUGUGUUGUACAGACGUCUAAUAAAAAUGACCAAAUGUAGCAUUUACAUGAUCAUCCACUGCAUAUAUGUACAUUGUAUUUGGAUCAAAAUCCAAAGUCAAAAUGCAAAACCCGAUUCUUCACAUUUGAGACAAAAUGUAAGAGAGUAUUAUAAUAGUAUGGGACUCAAAGUUUUCUGUUUUAUUUAAUGCAGUUAUCAACAUUACACACAAAUUAACCCAUGUGAUCUGUCGUCCCUGUUGGAUCAUUUCAUGUGUUUAAACUGAUUUGUAAAUUAUUACAAUAAAUGUGGUAAACUAGC